AACUUAAAUGGUUUCAUGCUCUGUGAACCUGAGUUAAUAUGCCAACAGAUAUGACUAAUCCUAAAUUAAUGGGCGCUCAGGAAAGUGGGAGUUUCCAAACUCCCGGACGGCUGACGUUUAUUCAGAUUAUUUUCGCUGUCUGAACCUACAUUUUAGAAAAUCAGUCUAAAGCAUAUCUGCCUGCUUUUUUUUUUUCUGCCAGCUUUUUAGCCAUAUUGAACUCUAAAAUGGUGAAUUCAACAGAUUUGUCCUUCCAUUAGUAUCCUGCAGGCUACAGGACCACUAUGUUACAGGUCUCUCUCUCUUUUUGGGUAUGGUUUGGAGCUAAGGGAAAGGUAGUGGUUGGGUAAGAGUAGGUCCCCUAGGAAAACACCUAGUGGUUGUCUUUAAAAUGAAUUUGCUUUCUAGUCAUUAAUAUCUUUGCUAUAAAAAAACAGAAUUGCACCCCCCUAAAGUAUUGGUUUAAUUUCGUUUGUGUUAACACUGAUAGGUGAGUAUCAGCUGUUAUCAUUUAAAAAAAAAACCUCCAAGUGACCAAUUGAAUGAACUGAGUUAAUGAAAAGCCAUCAGACUACCAAAGGUGACCACUUUCAAGGCCACUUUCAAGCAGCAGCUACAGUAGUGAACAUCAUGCAUUCGCUGAGCUCCUAUUCCAGGGGCUGCUCUCUGUGAUGUGAGGCAUUGAGGACACAUAAGGGAGAGAGGCUCUCACUACGAGGAAGUCAGCACUGAGCAGGCAUCAAGUGCUGUGUGGGUGGAGGACGACGAGGAGGAGGAGAGGCUGUGGUGAGCACAUUGGGCUGGGGCGGGUGGCCUGGAUUCUGUCUCUGGCCAAGUGCUGCUGGAAGCAAGCCACUCACAUCUCCAGACAUCAGUUUCCUCAUGUGAAAAUGAGGCAUUCACUCAAUUUUAAAAGGCCCCUCAGCUUCUGAGAUUCCAGAGCGGAUGGUUUUUUUGGAAGAGGGAGGGCUGAGUGUGGGCACCAGGAACUGUGUCAUUUGAUGGGUGAGUCAGACGAAGGGCAUUAGGAAAAUAACAUCUUCGCAAUCAACACAAGGGCAUAGGCAAUUAAGAAACCCGUAGCUGACAGCUUGAGUGUCUAUUCCAUUCGUAGGAUGUAUUCCCGAAGAGGGGCUGGUGACUCAUCAGGUGGCUGUAACCUGAUGAAGUAGAGCUAUCCAAUUCCCUUGCAGUGACUCCAGGCAACCGAAUGAUCUUAAUUUGGUUUUCUAAGGCAGUUCCCCCACCUCCCCCCCGCCCCAGGCAAGAGGAGAAGCAGGCUAUGGCAAUUGGAAAUUGACAUUCUUUUGUGUGAGCAAUAUUAGAUCACAUAUGAGAAAUGGCUGAAAUUAUACAAAGUAGCAUUUUCAAAUGUAAAAGGAUAACAUCUUAGUAAUAUCACCAUUAGUUAUGAAUCAUUUUUGUGCUGAUUUGGUGAGCCCUUGAGCCUUUGCUUUCCCCUAGAGCUAGUAAACCCUAAGUGACUUGGUGAGUACAGAAUUCUGCAUCUGCAAAGCUAAUCAGAGGUGAAAAUUACUAACAUUUACAUAGUGCUUUACAAUCUGCAAAGUGCUUCGUGAUACCAGUAGCUCUUGGAGAGAGGGAAUAUUAUUUUCCUGGUCUCUAGUUCAGGGAAGCUCAGGAUUAUAAAGCAAAGAAGUGUUUGGGUUGGCUGUGAGACCUAGGUCUUCCACUCCUAAUCCAAGUCACAGUGCUGCUGUUGCUUCUGAAGGGAGUGUUUGCUCUUCUCCCAUCCAGUGCUCCCCAGCCCCCAAUACACACACACAUAGACUCACACAUAUUACUGUACAAGAUCCGAGCCCGGUGGGACAGCUGAAGGAGUGAUGAGAAACAGAAGGCAGAGAAGAAACCCAAAUGCCAACCUAUUCUGGAGAUCAUGGAACUACUUCUCUUUCCUUUUAUCAAAUGCCACUCAAAGAGCAUAGGGCCUUUCCAGACAGCUAUCUCAUGGCUGGGUCGGUUCAACUUUCCUUAGUCCACGGACUCAGGCUGAAUCUUCUUGUUGCAGGUGCAAAAAGUGCCCAUUCUGCUUAGGCAGAAUCUCAGGGGUGUCCAGCUCCUACCUCUCUUCCCUUGAAAGGCUGGUCUGGAUAUUUCUGCUGAAGGUAACUAGGGAUCCUCAACUGGGACAGUCCCCACAGAGCAGCACUGCCUGACCUAACCCAUGGGGGCUCCUGGUAUCUCAGCUGCUGGAGCUGCCGGUCUCAGAUUACGGGGGAGGGAUCUCAGGACCUCAGCCCUUUGUGUGCUGCAAGCCAUCUGCUGUGCAGGGACAGCAGCGGAGUGGGAUCUUUGUGCCCAGUCCCUUCCCAUUCACGGAAGGAAGUGGAAGGCUGCACUGCCUGGCUGGGGAUUCACAGAGGCUUAGGGAAAAGAUGAACUGGCCCCAUUCCUGCAUCUCUUUUUGCUGGAUUUACUUUGCUGCCUCAAGACUGAGAGGUAAGAGGCUGGUAAGUGUGUAACUAUCCUGACUCAUCUGGGGCACUUCUUUGGUGGGAUGUGGGAUGAAUCAGGAAACAGAACAAAUGCUCUAAUUGCUAGGGAGUAAUCCAACUUCUUCCCAACUCAUGCUAAUUCCAUAGGGCAUGCCAGAAAAAUAACUCCCAUCGAUCGACCCAGAGCUUGUCUCUGAUGCUGGGUCGUCUCCAAGGCUAGUCCUCAGUCUUUGCCUUGAAAUACAUGACACUGAAGUCUGAUCCAGGUCCCUCUUUUCAAGCAGCCGUAGAAACAGCAGAUGGAAAAUAUGCUCAGAGACUGUUUAAUGACCUUUUUGAAGAUUAUUCCAACGCUCUUCGUCCAGUAGAGGAUACAGAUAAAGUCCUGAAUGUCACGCUCCAGAUUACACUUUCUCAGAUCAAGGAUAUGGAUGAAAGAAAUCAAAUUCUGACGGCCUAUUUAUGGAUCCGCCAAAUCUGGCACGACGCAUAUCUCACGUGGGAUCGAGACCAGUAUGAUGGGCUGGACUCCAUCAGGAUCCCCAGCGACCUGGUGUGGAGGCCGGAUAUUGUCCUGUAUAACAAGGCUGAUGAUGAAUCUUCCGAGCCUGUGAACACCAAUGUGGUCCUGCGAUAUGACGGGCUGAUCACCUGGGAUUCACCGGCCAUCACCAAAAGCUCCUGUGUGGUAGAUGUCACCUACUUCCCCUUUGAUAAUCAGCAGUGCAACCUGACCUUUGGUUCCUGGACCUACAAUGGCAAUCAGGUAGACAUAUUCAAUGCCCUGGAUAGUGGAGACCUCUCCGACUUCAUCGAAGAUGUGGAGUGGGAGGUCCAUGGCAUGCCUGCUGUGAAGAAUGUGAUCUCCUACGGCUGCUGCUCUGAGCCUUACCCAGAUGUGACAUUCACUCUCCUUCUGAAGAGGAGGUCCUCCUUCUACAUCGUCAACCUCCUCAUCCCAUGCGUCCUCAUAUCUUUUCUGGCUCCCUUGAGUUUUUAUCUCCCAGCAGCCUCUGGGGAGAAGGUCUCCCUGGGAGUGACCAUACUGUUGGCCAUGACCGUAUUUCAGCUCAUGGUGGCAGAGAUCAUGCCAGCCUCGGAGAAUGUCCCUCUGAUAGGCAAAUACUACAUAGCCACGAUGGCCUUGAUCACAGCCUCCACUGCCUUGACCAUUAUGGUGAUGAAUAUCCACUUCUGCGGGGCCGAGGCCCGGCCAGUGCCACACUGGGCCAGGGUGGUCAUCCUGAAAUACAUGUCCAGGAUCUUGUUUGUCUACGACGUGGGUGAGAGCUGCCUCAGCCCCCGCCACGACAGGCAGCGGGACCACCUCACAAAGGUUUAUGGCAAACUUCCAGAACCUAAUCUGAAAACAACCAGAAACAAAGACCUUCCCAGAAAGAAGGAAAUGAACAAACUCUUAAAGAAUGACUUGGGAUACCAGGGUGAGAAUCCGCAGGAUGCUGACAGUUACUGUGCACGGUACCAAGUACUGACAAAGAAUAUUGAAUACAUUGCCAAGUGCCUCAAAGACCACAGGGCCACCAAUUCCAAGGGGAGCGAAUGGAAAAAGGUGGCAAAAGUCAUAGACCGAUUCUUUAUGUGGAUUUUUUUCAUUAUGGUGUUUGUGAUGACUAUUUUGAUCAUAGCAAGGGCAGAUUAGUGAGUAUUUGGUAGGUGGGGAUAAAUCAGUAAAAUUCCCUGUGAUCU